AUGGAAACUUUGCAUGCUGAGGGAGAAUCACCAUUUGUAGCCAAAGAUAGUGCAAGUGUUAUCGCAAUGGUUGAUCAAGAAGAUGUUAACUACGCUGAUUGUCCGGUUGAUGGCUGUGGUGAAAUGGUGUUGUUUGAUGAGCUUGAAAGUCAUGUCGAGAUGCAUGGAGAAGAGGAUGGUAAUAUGGAAUCAGAUACUCCCGCAUCAGAAUCUUCUAGGAAUGGGACCAAGAAAGGUGUUAGUAAAGAUGCUAGUUUUGGUACGAAACUCUCACAUGCACUUCGAAAUAUUGACGAUGGGCAUGAUUACGAAAUACGAGAACCACCGCCAGCACAAGUCUCGCAAAGGGCGUGGAAGGAUAUCUUGAAAAUGCCUGAUAUUUCUCUGAAGUCCCAACCCAAAACUCCUGUCAAGGGCCCAAGACAAUUAGGGAAAGCAGAGCUUGGUCCUCAUGCUCAUGAGAAGCAAAUGCCACAAUGGCUUGUAAAAUUACUGCAAUCAGAUGGCCAGUAUAAGACGAUCAAUAGAAUUAAUGCAGAUGGACAAUUGCGGAGGGUCAAAUAUUGCCCAAAUCAGGCAGAGGGUAUCAUCCCCGUACUCGCUCAGCUCCUCGAUCAGGAUCGUUCAGUAAGUUAUGCUUACCUGUGUGACCCGGCUGUUCUCCAUGUUUCAAAACUUCUGAGAGAGGGGGGUUUCUGUGGCUACAGAAACAUUCAAAUGAUGUCUUCAUACAUUAUUAGAUCUCAGUUUCCUGGUCACAACGUCUUCAAUGAUUGUGUUCCAACAAUAUUUGAUAUUCAAGACUAUAUUGAGAACGCUUGGGAUCAAGGAAUUAAUUCUCAAGGUCGAAUAGAAACUGGUGGAAUUCGUGGAACGAGGAAGUACAUCGGAACUCCUGAUGCUCAAGCGAUGUUUUGCUCCCUAGGAAUCCCAUGUGAUACUGCGGCCUUGAAAACCAGAAAAGAUAAAGGGGAAGGUCCAGCGGCUAAUCUCUUGUAUCAAAAAGUGGAGGAAUACUUUCUCGACAAUUGUGUUGAUUUCGAAUCUAAAGUCCGAGAGACCUCUCUCCCUCCAAUAUACUUUCAACAUCCAGGCCACUCGAUGACGAUUAUUGGAUUCGAAAAACAAACUGAUGGCACCAAAAAUCUUCUCGUUUUCGAUCCUAUGUUUCAUGAUGCGUCAAAAGUCGUCAAAUUUGUGGGCGGAACAGUUCACCAUAAACAUCCUGGUGAUCUAUUAAAAGCAUACAGGCGUGGUAACAGAUACUUGAAGAGGUACAAUGAAUUUGAACUUCUAAAAAAACCGAAUUGA